AUGACCAGCAACCCAGAAACCAUUGUCCAGAAUGGACCCCCCACCCGGGGAGACUUUCCUCAAGGCGAAUCCGGGAACAAGUUGUCGCGAAACAGGGGCUCCAUUGAUACAAGCAAUCUCGCGACGCCUAAGCGAUUGGUCGUUUGUUGCGAUGGCACCUGGCAAUCAUCGGUAUCUGGACUAAAGAAUAUCCCUUCCAACGUGACCAGACUUGCGCGUUCCAUCGCCGAUCAUGGGAUGGAUGCCAAUGGCAGGGUCUGCGAGCAGAUUGUCUAUUACGACUCCGGCAUUGGUACCGGAGAACUCAGCAAAGGAGAAAAGGACCGGCAAGGUGGCUUCGGCAUAGGGUUUGUGGGCAACGUGAUCGAGGCGUACAAUUUCAUCGUCCUAAACUACCAACCAGGUGACCAGAUCUUCUGUUUUGGCUUCUCCCGGGGAGCGUACACUGCGCGUGCAGUGGCAGGUCUUAUCAACGAUGUCGGAGUGAUCUCGCCAAGGGCAUUGCAGGACUUCCCCGAAUUGUAUGCACUGUAUCAGAAACACGAAGACGCUUUCACAUUCCGGAAAUCUACCGCCUAUCGGGAGUGGGCUUAUGGCGUCCUCUCCGCUGAACAACCUCGUGGAGAUCAAGAGCCGGCUAGAUAUGACAAGCCGCCACAUGGUGAUGCCCCCGAGUCAUCAAGAGUGGUUGAAGUCGUGGGUGUGUUCGAUACCGUGGGGAGCCUUGGUAUCCCAGACAUGAUGUGGACAAAAUGGAACUUGAAGUUUCUCGAAAAGGUUGUGGGUAUUCCCCAGGUCGGUUUCCAUAAUGUGGCGCUCAGUCCAUAUAUUCGGCAUGCAUUCCACGCGUUGGCUGUCGACGAACACAGGAAGCCGUUCUCGCCUACGCUAUGGCAGUAUCCGACUGAUGAUGAAUUAUGUCCGGAGAAACCUGCCAAGCCAUAUGGUAAGCUAUGUAAAGAGUGGGAGAAUGUGACACCAAGUACUCCCAUAGAUCAAGUCAAGGUCACUUGGAGCUCUUUGAUCGGCCACCAAAUGUCCGAACACUUGGAGGAUUUGGAGCAUAAUAAACCAGAACUGCUACAAGUUUGGUUCCCAGGAGUUCACAUCAACAUCGGAGGGGGUAGCGAUGAUCUCCUCAAAGAUUUGAAGGGCGACUUGGAACAAAUCGCCUUGAUCUCGUUCGCUUGGAUGUGCGAACAAAUCGCGCCUUAUCUCCAGCUGAGAGGAGGUAAUCUAUCGCAGCUCGCAAAGGACACAGUUGAGGAUCGAUAUAACUUGAUGCGUCCAGCGUUGGACUCGGUUGCCCGGGGCGACAAGGACUACGGCUCACACUGGUUAUUGAGCAAGGCUCGGGCAGCCCUUGAUUACACCGGGAUACACACGGCACAGCCCAAGAAGGUUGCCGAUGAUACGGUCUAUGGCUGGGCAAUUGGCCCCAUCGUCGACAGCUUUACCGGUGCCAUGAUGGCAGCUGGUUCCGAGGACAGAACCCCCGGCCGCUACCCCCGGGACACCACCAGCAAGAAAGCCAUCAAGUCGGGUGACACGAACGAGAUGAUACACCCCUCGGUUGGUUAUCGGAAAGAGAAGCGGCGCCAGGACUACGACCCACCAGCGCUGAAAGGUUUCGAGCGAAAGCAGUCAGGCCCCGAAGGUUUCAUCUGGACAAAUGGGAAAACUACGAUCCCCGAGUAUAAAAUCAAGCCGGCUGAUGUUUUCACACGGUACAUCGCCGGCCGCGACAAGUGUGAUCCCAAGCUCUUGGCUUCCAACUAUUUUGGCAGUGUGGACCGGGUGGUCGGUCAAAAGGCUGUUAAGCUUUAA